AUGUCCGACAUCGAAACCGCCGCCGCAAUUCAACUACUCGUCCGACGAAUCCUUCCCGAAUCACUGCGCGUAUCAGUGAAAAAAGCGAGAGCCGAAUUGACGGAAAAGCAGAAACGGGCGGCGCUUUCGCUGAAAUAUCAGAAGGAAAUCGAAAAGAUGACGGAGAGCAAGCAGAAAAUCGAUAAAUUCCGGAAAAUCACCGAACAAUUCGAUCGCGACGUGCGGAUUGCACAGGCGGCGCUGGAGUUCCUUUUGGCGAUCGCAGAGCAGAAAGGAAUCGAUUUGGAGAACACGUGGCACUCGAAAUUCCAGCACUACCGCCGCCGGAUUCCAACGCUUCAAAACAGCAAGAACUCGUCAAAAAUAAUAAUUUUUAUCCUCAUAAUCAUCAUAAUUGCCUAUUUUUUCUACUAA